GUUCAGCCGAAGAGCGGGUUUUGGGCUUUUGGCGCCGUACAGAUGGGAGAAUCGGGAGUGUGAGCGGAAGCCGGAAAGUGGGAUGAAGUUGUCGUCGUCGACGACCGGAGUUUUAACGAAAGAGAAAGAAAGAUAAUGGGAUCCGACGCAGCAGCUACUCUUCCGCAAUGGGCAUCCACGCCUUGCAUUAUGGGGAUCGACGAAGCUGGCCGUGGCCCUGUUCUCGGAAAGUCCAGUUUUAUUGCAAUGCUGCAUGUUCCUGAGUUGCCUCUCUUCAAUUGCGAGCUCGAAAUGAGUAUGUGUUAUUUUUAUCUCUCGGAAUUGACUUCAAGUUCAUCGGUUUGUUCACUGUUUACAGAUUCAAAGACCUUGAAGGAAGAGAAGAGGGAGGAACUGUUUGAAAGUCUCAAAGCUGACGAAUCAAUUGGAUGGGCUGUUGAUGUCAUUGAUCCAAGAGAGCUUUCCGCGAAAAUGCUCAGGAAGCAUAACAUAAACCUGAAUGAAAUAUCACAUGACUCUGCAAGUGGCCUUGUCAAGAGAGUACUUAACAUGGGAGUCCUUUUAGCAGAGGUCUACGUUGAUACGGUUGGAGAUCCAGAGAAAUAUAGAGUGAAACUGUCUGAAAGAUUUCCAUCCAUCAAAUUCGUGGUGGCAAAGAAGGCUGAUAGUCUCUACCCGGUUGCGAGUGGAGCCAGCAUAGUUGCCAAGAUAGACCUGUCCGAGAAUGAGUGCUUGACGAAACAUACAAAGACAUUGGCAGAAAAUUCGGUUCUGGACCCGGAUACCAAGGCAUGGUUGGAGCAACACAAACACAGAGUGUUUGGCUUCCCAACAUUAGUUCGUUUCAGUUGGGCCACAUGUAAUUCCUACUUCAAAGAUGGUGUAGAAGUCUCGCGGGAGGCUGACAGGGAUGAAGAUGAUAUUGGCAGCAGCAACGGCAAACGACAAUUGAAGUUGAGCAAUUUUGGAGUGACAACCUCCAAAAAGAAGAAGGAAGAAAGAAGUUGAAUCAAGUGGUAAAGGGAGUUGCAAAUUUUUCGAGACUAGGCAACUUGAACAACUUGCUGAUUUCUAACGAACUUCGAUGUUACAGACAGAUGGUGCUCCAAGAUGGAGCAGCAUAUGGGGAAAGCCAGGACAAAGUCAACCAACAACACAAUCAGCAAGCUCUUCUUCUCCAAGCACUUCCAGAGCUCACACAAAGACACUGAGAAAUUUGUUUCCACAUACACUGUCUAAGUGAACAUGUACAGCUGCCGCAGAGAGACCAAGGUGACUGUAGUAACAAAGGUGAUAAUUCCUCUCCAGUAGAUGUUGAUGAUGUUGCGAGUGGAAGCUCCUCGGCGCGUGUUCUGAUGGUGAUUGUUGUUUGCUGCACCAGCUAUGAUUACAGGCACCACUGCUCCUCCCGCAGGCACGUUUCCACCACCGCCGCUGUUGUCUGGUAUACCACCUGACCCUCCACUUCCGGCUGUUCCACCAUGGCCCCUCCCAAGUUUCUCAACAUCUGCUGCUGCUUUCAAGCUGUUGAACCCACUGUGAUCCAACAACGGAUCUGUCAUCAUAAUAUUAAGUAGAUAGCUGCCAACAUGGAGACUUGUGAUAGAGGUUAUCAGUCCUGGAUUAUUCUAAUCCCUCGGUUUCUUCCACUACCUACGAGGAUAGCGACCAAGGAAGGAAACCAUAAUCCGAAAAACAGUUCACUCAACCAGACAUAAAUGAACCAGAAACUGCCUACGUAGGCUUUGGGGGAGGAACCAAGAACAUAUAGCAAGAGCUCCCGAGUUCUGCCAACUGCUCCUACAGAAGCCCUACUACAAGUUUAUGUUCAGUGGGGAAAUUGAGGGGGGGAAGGAGCCGUUACCUGAUGACCAGUGCGUUGGAGAGGAAGAAGAGGAUGGAAGCAGAAACAUGGAGGUCAAAGAUAUGGCGAGGAGCACUGAUCUCAUCUUAUUAGGAAUUCCCUGGUCUCGAAGGACGAAGAUCCAUCUUUCGUUUUCCUCCCUUCUCGUCAACUUAAGAGAAAAGGUCAGAGGUCCUCUACCCGUUCAAUUCGAAUGGCAACCGGAUCACCGCUCGCUCGACUCGGCGUCACUCGCUCCCUCCGCAUCGGUUUAGCUCGUUCCAUGGAUUCAACUCGCGCCGCGGCUCGCUACUUCAGCAAUGGCGACGUCGGCAAGGGCGGCCGAGUCCUCAGCGAAGAGGAGCGCGCCAAAGAGACCGUCUACGUCCAGAAAAUGGAGAGGGAAAAAUUGGAGAAGCAGAAGCGGAAAGCUGAGAAAGAAAAGGCCGAGAAGGAGAAACAGAACACUGAAAAGAAAUGAAAUCUGAAACUGUCAACCGGAGUUGAUGAAUGUCAGAGCUAUGCUGCCGAUGCAGAAAUAAGUUGAAUGGAGAAUAAGAGCCGGAGCGUGCCAAUCUCCGGUCUAGGGUUGUGAUCUUUUUGUGUAUGUAGUGCUUUGUUUUCGUCCUGUGGACCUUCUAUUCUAAUGUUGUAGUUGGUUUGCAACACCGGCAGUUCCGGUCAGCCUUGAGUUCUUCGAACUUACCGAUGUAUCUGAGAAAUAUCAACCCGGUUACCUUGUUAUGAACUAAGCGUGUACUUGUUGCCCGAUUCCUCUAAGUUCGAUAUAUGUCAAAUGAUGUUGUUUCUCGAUCACCACAGAAUGAGAUUAUUUUAACGCACC